AUGCGCUUCUCUUUUUCCACUAUUCUUCUCCCCUGUUGGCUUCUGGUUGCUGUCGGUGCAGCGAUCGAGGCUAGGGCAUUCCUUGGUUUAAGUUGCUCGGAAGGACCUCGAGUUGCCAAUUUCAACGACGUGCCCGCCCUUCCGGUUGACACGAUUAACAAGGGCAUCGUCUCAGGUUUCAACCCCCAUUAUGAUGUGAACUAUACCCACUUCGCCGUCGGUAACAUCGGGCCCAACAACAACGCCCUCUUUUACAGGGUCGACCAGGUUCCCCCGGGGCCGUGGAAGUGGUGGAAGAGACGUGUCAACAGCCUCAUUGGAGUUCACGGGCGCCUGCCAUACAAGACCUUAGCUCCGACCAUUGUUGGCUCAGCAUCAGAGACACGCCUGCGGCUUCGAAACUUUUCAUUCGGCUGUGGUAUUCGGUCAGGCAACGGCCCUCCUGUCCAUUUUGAUUGCGCGAUCAUCGUCUAUCCUCUCGAAGCAACGGGCCCGAACCAAUUUCAUGUCUGCCCCUAUGACUCCGUACCAGCCAACGCGGAACCUUUGGUCGCGGGAUUACAGGAAUGCACUCUACCUAGCGACCAGUCGUGGACGAUCGGACGUGGCUUCACCUUCCAAACCGUUGGGCGUGUUCCAGGGGCGGAUUGGUUCGGCCAACAAUCUAAGCUCUUCAAUACGACCCUUCCCAGCACUCUGCUUACGGCAAUAGACGACGUCCACUACACCGAGUACUGCACCGGAGAUAGGCCAGUUGCAUAA